AAGAUGGGGAAGAAGAGCCGAGUGAAAACACAGAAAUCGGGUACGGGAGCCGCAGCGACGGUGUCUCCAAAGGAAAUGUUGAAUCUAAUCAGUGAGUUAUUGCAAAAGUGCAGCAGUCCUACCCCAGGCCCUGGUAAGGAAUGGGAAGAGUACGUACAGAUUCGGUCGCUUGUUGAGAAAAUACGCAAAAAGCAAAAAGGUUUGUCUGUUGUCUUUGAUGGAAAAAGAGAUGACUAUUUCCCCGAAUUGAUCAAGUGGGCAACCGAAAAUGGAGCGUCCACAGAGGGGUUUGAAAUAGCGAACUUUGAAGAGGAGGGCUUUGGUUUGAAAGCAACAAGAGAGAUAAAGGCUGAAGAGUUGUUUCUGUGGGUCCCUAGAAGACUACUGAUGACAGUCGAGUCAGCUAAAAGCUCAGUGUUAGGGUCCCUGUAUUCUCAAGAUCGAAUCCUUCAAGCCAUGGGCAACAUCACGUUGGCGUUCCACCUCCUCUGUGAGCGAGCCAACCCCAACUCUUUCUGGCUGCCCUACAUCCAGACACUUCCCAGUGAAUAUGACACUCCUCUCUACUUUGAAGAAGAUGAAGUGCAGUAUCUUCAGUCAACUCAGGCCAUACACGAUGUUUUUAGCCAAUAUAAAAAUACAGCUCGACAGUAUGCCUAUUUCUACAAAGUUAUUCAGACCCAUCCUAAUGCCAGCAAACUGCCCUUAAAGGAUUCUUUCACUUAUGACGACUACAGAUGGGCGGUUUCCUCUGUCAUGACACGGCAGAACCAGAUCCCAACAGAAGAUGGUUCCAGAGUCACGCUGGCUCUCAUACCUCUGUGGGACAUGUGUAAUCAUACUAAUGGACUGAUCACUACAGGCUACAAUUUAGAAGAUGACCGGUGUGAAUGUGUAGCGCUUCAGGAUUUCAAGGCUGGAGAACAGAUUUACAUUUUUUAUGGCACUCGGUCAAACGCUGAAUUUGUGAUCCACAGUGGUUUUUUCUUUGAUAAUAAUUCACAUGACAGAGUGAAAAUAAAGCUUGGCGUGAGUAAAAGUGACAGGCUGUAUGCUAUGAAGGCAGAGGUCUUAGCUCGUGCUGGUAUCCCAACUUCCAGUGUUUUUGCCUUGCACUCCACUGAGCCUCCAAUCUCUGCCCAGCUUUUGGCUUUCCUUCGAGUGUUUUGUAUGAGCGAAGAAGAACUGAAGGAACACUUGAUAGGCGAGCGUGCCAUUGACAAAAUCUUCACUCUGGGGAACUCGGAGUUCCCCAUUAGCUGGGACAAUGAAGUGAAACUUUGGACAUUCCUAGAAGCCAGAGCAUCCCUUCUUUUGAAAACCUAUAAAACAACUGUGGAGGAUGAUAAGUCCUUCUUGGAGACCCACGACCUUACUUCACACGCGAUCAUGGCCAUCAAGUUACGCUUAGGGGAAAAGGAGAUCUUGGAGAAAGCGGUGAAGAGCGCGGCUGCUAGCAGAGAGUAUUACACCAAGCAGAUGGCAGAUGGAGCUCCACUGCCCAAAUAUGAAGAGAGCAACAUUGCCUUGCUGGAGAACACUGUGGCAGACUCAAGGCUCCCUAUUGUCUUGAGAAACCUAGAAGAUGUGGAAGAGCGAGGGGACUUAAAGAUCGAUGAAGCUAUUGAUGCCGAAGUCACGGAGAAUGGGUUUGUAAACGGUGAAAACUCUCUAUUUAAUGGGACCAAAGCGGGAAGCGAAAAUCUAAAUAAAGAGAAAAGCAACAGAGAGACUGAAGAUGCCAAAGAAUCUUCUUCAGAAAGUACUGAUGAGGUUAAAGAAUAGUCCUAAAGUUUUUCUUUCUUGUGAAAUUAAAUUAGCUGAAGUUUA